AUGGCACAAACCUUCCCUUAACUCCGGUGUGCUGACCAGCUACCUGACCAACGGGCUGACGUCUCUCGAGCGCUUCCCCAUCAGCUUCAAGACCCAGUUCUUGGGCCACUGCUUCCACCACGUGGUGCUGGGCGUCUACUGCAACGGCCGCUACGGGUCGCUCGGCAUGAGCCGCCGCCCGGACCUCAUGGACAAACCGCUGACGCACCGCACGCUGGGGGAGCUGGUGGCCGAGUUCGAGGGCUCCUACAAGAGAUACCAGCACACCCUGAAGAAGGUGAAGAUCGGCCUGUAUGUGCCUCACGACCCCCACGUCUGCCAGCCAAUCGAGUGGAAGCAUUUGGUGCUGAAUGCUGCCCGACUGGGAGCUCAGGAGAUGAAGAAGGAGCUGGAGAAGCACGGCCGGGACAUGAGGAUGAAGGUGAAAAGAAAACUAAACAUUAACAACAUUCCUUUAUAUGUUCUCCACUGCAUCUCUAAUAUAGAUAAGAACACAAUGUUUGAUCAUGCUCGGUGGUGAGAACCCAAUAAAUGGUUUUAUUAUUAAGGUUAUACAUUUCCUGCAGACCACCUUCAUCAAACGACAUCAUAUAUUUGUUAAUAAGAGGAAUAAAUGUACCAGGAUCAGAAAUAAAUGUGUACUCGGGACAAACAUGCCCCAGUAGGUAGAGAAGUUAAACUCCCCAGAUAAACAACAGUCUCCUUCUUGAGCUUGAGAGUGCUUUUGUUAAGAGAGUAAGUGAGUAUGUGUGCAGAAGAAACAGAGGCUGCACACAAAACCACGAAAGAAAUCCACCAGGACGCUGACAACUGAACACAGCAGGGUGGAAAUGAACCGUCUGGUGUGGGACAGAAGGAGAAACAGUUCUUAGUGGUACAAGUAAUGUCUGUUUGUUUGCCAAAAUACAAUACUGACGUGUUCUUUUACAGUUGAAUGCAAAAGACCAGAAUGUCUCCCAACAUCAGAUCAAGGUGGGCCAAACAUGACCUCUUACUAUUCAGGGUAACACGUGUUACAUGUGCGUUCGGUUAGUCGGGUCGGGUCAUUUCAGAGAUUCAGCUGCAUCUGAUUUUCUUCUUACCGUGAGAUCUGAUUUGAUUUAUUCAACCCAGUCACUGCGCUACUGCUUCAACCCUUCUGCAGCAAAGUUAUGUUCAUAUCUAACCUUUCAUGUCCUCGAGUUUCAACAGCAGCUCGUCUUCUGCGUUUUCUUUCUCUCGAGCCCGAACAAGAGAAAGACCUUUUGUUAUUGAUUUAGUUUUUCCAUGAGACCAGAGAUGGAAGUAGUUUCCUCUCUGCUGAACAUGGAAUACACACUGUCGGGAGUGAUUCAGGGCAUGAUGGGGAAGGAAGGUGUGUGUGUGUGUGUGUGUGUGUGUGUGUGUGUGUGUGUG